GUAUCGAUGAAGCUGGUUGAAACAUGGCGGACUUCCUGCCGACCCGAUCCGUACUAAACCACUACUUCCCCGCUUGCCUGCUUACCAACACCGAGGUGGAACAGCUGAGGAAAUCUAAGGCGAUUGACAAAAGUAUUUCCCGGGACAAAACCUACGUGAAACGACUAGUGAAGAUACUUUUACUGGGCGCGGGCGAGAGCGGCAAGUCCACUUUCCUCAAACAGAUGAGGAUUAUCCACGGGCAGGACUUCGACCAGCAAGCUCGAGAAGAGUUCCGGGCAAUAAUUUACAGCAAUGUUAUCAAAGGUGUGCGUGUGUUGGUGGAUGCACGGGAGAAGCUUCAGAUCCCCUGGGGUUCCUCUGACAACCAGGUGCACGGAGACAAUGUGAUGUCAUUUGACACACGAUCUUCGAUGAUGGUGCACGGCCAGGUGGAGACGAGCGUGUUCCUCAAGUACCUGCCCUCCAUCCAGGCCCUGUGGGCUGACGUUGCCAUACAACACGCCUACGACAGACGCAGGGAGUUCCAGCUGGUCAGUACACACACGCAUGCACAGAUGCACACACACUCAUCAGGCCUCUGCAGACUGGCUGAGCUGAAGUAAAAGUGAAACUGAGUAGAGACCAGAGACUUGCGGCUGCUUCCUCCCUUGUCUCUCAAUGGCGCUCUCUGCAUGUGUGUGAGGUUGGUGUGUGUGUCGGAUGCUCAAGCUGCACGUGCGUCAGUCUGUUAGCUGUGCCGACCUCAGCUCUCCUCUAUUGACACCUGGUCUUUCCUAACACACACACUAGGGCUGGGAAUUGCUAGGGACCUCACGAUACAAUAUUAUCAAGAUACUUAGGUACUGCUGCGAUAUGUAUUGAGGUUUUAUCAUGAUUCUGUGUAUUGCUAAUCGGUACUGUAAUUUUGUAUUGUGUUCGAUGUAAUGCUCACUCUGUCUGCUGCAGAGGAACAAGGAAGAGCCGUGAGAAAAUGAGUUGGGGUCAUGGAAAUAAAUGCUGAUAACAUUCAGUCAAAGUUUGCGUACACAGAUUUGCAGACGUUAUCCGCAGGUGCUGUGAAAUGCUUGUGUUUCUAGCUCCAACAGUGCAGUAAUACCUAGCAAUACAAGCAAUGCACACAUAAUCC